AGCUGCACACACAGGCAGGCAGGGCGGGUGAGAGAGCUAGAGGAAGACAGGGAGAGAGAGAGAGAGAGACACGGCAGUCUGACCAGCCUCACUACCGCAAACUGCAAAGCUUCACAUCGGAGUUUCACUCUCACAAUCUCGCCGCCUUACUUUUCUCCACGGUAGUCAGAAAGUACAAAGACACAGAGAUCUGGUCAGUGACAAGAGCACCAGCGAGCCCACGACAAAGCCUGAUCUUCAUAAACCCCCAUUUCCUCCUUUUAAGUUCUCAUCCGGCGGCAAAACGGAGGUCGCAGGGCUGGAGUGUGUGCUCAUGGCCGAGUCAGAGACUGAAUGUGACACACCCGGCCUUGACACGCUUGGGUCGGAGUGUGUCAUAGCCCACAGUCAUGUCGACCUUCAUUAUGGAGCAGAAACGGAGAUCAUGACGGAGGAAAAGCGUGGAUUGGAGCUGGAGAUCCACGGCUCAGAUUUAAAGAUUCAGGGACUGGGGGGAGAUCUUGGUUCUGUAGCUUGUGUGGAUGCAAUAGUAGCUGAGACAGACCAUGAUUACAUCAAGGUGGAACAUGGUGAUAUGCACUGUUUCACAGGAGCAGAAAUCAAGACAUCGGGAGGUGAGCACCUGCUAGGAGAGGUACUGCUUAAGACGGAUGGCGAGCAUGUGGUUAAAGUUGAAUCUGAUCAUGGUGGGGAGUUGACAGUGGAGUCUGAGAAUGGAGUGAUCAUACACGAGGCCCAUGGCUUGCAGUGCAACGAAUGUGGGGAGAUUUUUGGCAGCAUAGCAGAUCUCCACCAACACUUUGAGAUUCACAAAGACCUCAACCCUUACAUCUGCGUGCACUGUGGUGAGAGCUUUGCUGUAGAGGCCAGCCUCAAGCAACACAUGAAAAUUCACAUGAAGGAAAUGCCGUAUGUUCCCCCCGGAGUUGAGAUCAUGGGUAAAGAUGUUAUUGACGCCUUCAGCCUCAAGUCUCAUCAGAUGAUUCAUUUGCCUGACAAGCCACACAGGUGCUCAGAGUGUGGUAAGUGCUUUGCAGCAGCCAUCACCCUGAGAGAACACAUGAAGAUGCAUUCUGAGGAUAAGCCAUAUAAGUGUACUCAAUGCAGAAAGAGCUUUGUCCGCAGAAGACAUUUGAAAAAGCACCAGGAGGUCCACGCUCGUGAGAAGCCAUAUACCUGUGGCCAGUGUGGCAGAGGCUUUGCUACAACCUCCAACCUGAAGCAGCACCAGAAGACCCACGCUGCAGUCGUGCUCGGAGACAAGCCCCACCGGUGUGCACAAUGUGGAAAGUGUUUUACGGCUCUAGCUACUCUGAGAGAGCACCAGAGGAUCCAUUCGGGUGAGAAGCCAUACAAAUGCAAUAUGUGCAGGAAGAGUUUUGUCCGCAAACGUCACCUGAAGAAGCACCAGCAGGUUCAUGCCGGAGGGAAGCCGUACACCUGCAGACAUUGCAACAAGGGCUUCAAUCACUCCUCAUCCCUGUCUCGCCACCACAAAACCCACCUGCAGAAUCCUGUGUUUUCUCCACCUCAGCCUGGGAAAACCUUCACUUUUGGUACACCCCCGAAGCAGAGGGUACACGAGCAGGGCGACAAACCAUACGUGUGCCACCACUGUAGUAAGGGCUUCAAUCACUCAUCCUCCCUGUCACGGCACCAAAGAGUCCACUCAGAGGGAAAGAGUUACAACUGUGGUCACUGUGGCAAAAUAUUUAAUCACUCAUCCUCUCUCGCAAGGCAUCAGAGAGUUCACUUGGAAAACAAACAGCAAGCGCAGCCAGAAUCAGCGCAGCCGCAAUCGCAGCAGUACAGCCCCAUGCCCUCACCGAAAGGUUUCCCCAACAACGCCUUCCCAAAGCAGCACAUCCUGUCACCUGAAAAACCAUACAGGUGCUCCCAGUGUGGAAAAGGCUUUAACCAUUCUUCUUCCCUGUCCAGACACCACCGGACCCAUGUAGAUCAGCAAGCACCCUGUCCCAUGUAAGUGGCCACAUUCCCCAUCCACCCCUAGUUUCUGUCCUGCAAGUCGUCUUUUCAUUGAUAUUGCCUCUCAGAUGCAUAUAGAUAUUGCAACAGGUCAACUUCUACAGACCAAGAGGUCAUGUCAGCACAUUACUCUGGUCGAGUUGAGCAGCUGGGAAUAAACAGUUGAUGCAAAAGUCUUCAAAAGGAAGUGGAUGGCCUGAGAGGACUGGGCAACAGAGAACUGAAACCAGGGCUUUUUGCUUGAUUUCAAGAAGGCAUAGUAGAUUGUGAAGGAACCUAUCCAUAUUUGUGAUUGUGCUUCACUUGUUCCAGGCCCCCAUACAAUGUUUAAACAAACAAAAAAAUGAAUAUAUAUAUAUUUUGAAGAUCUCAAUGAAAACAAUGUUACUUGGGGUUGAUAUGCUUCACUGUGGUCUUUUUUGAUAGAUCUUCAUGUAAGCACAUUUGCUUUAAGCUGUUUUAUUCAAAACUACAAAUACAAUUAGCGACCAUGAACUGUCUCAGUCGAUUUAACUUUUUUUCACCUCCAUAAUCCACGUGAAGCUAAUUUCAGAAAUUUUAUGUAAAUACUUUCAAUUUUCUUUUUUGUAUAUGUAUAGGUGACUAGUGUGCUGUUCCAAAAGAUGACAUUUUUGAUAGUAAGAUCCACUUUGUCUCCAUUUUCUUUUUUCUCCUUUUAUGACUUUAAUUUGUUUUAGUGUUGGAGAUGAAAUGUUGUGGCUGUUCCAUGCAGUUGGAUUUUGAACCCAGGCUCCAUCAGACAUGAGCUGUCUUGUAUAUUUAUGAGGGUUUUUUUUCUUUUUUUUUUGUAUGUCUAUGAUGGUUUAGCACUGUUGCAUAGACUGUACAGAGAGCAAUACUGGCUGACACCCUGAGUCUACUAUGACAUGCAAUUUAGCUAUAAGAAAAUGCAUAAUAGAAAAUAAAAAAAGCCCCACUGGGUAGCAUAUUUCCUCACAACUUGUGUCAUUAUUUACCGCUGGUUUCUACUGCACCCAAGUCCAAAAAUGUACAUUACAUACUAUUAUGAUACUUUGCUUUGGAGACAAAUUACCUGUGUAUAGAAAAUGGGUAACUCUUAUAGUUGAGCUGCAAGCUACUAUUCAAACUAAAAUAAAAAGGUUGUGUAUACUAAAAGAUUACAUGAGAAUCUCAUUUUACAAGAAUUUUGUGAAGUCCAGUGAAUUGCGCUCUACUGUUUUGUGUAAAAUAUCUUUUACAAACUAUUUUUUUAGACAUGGCGUGGGUUAUAUGAAAGGGAAUGAGAGAGGCAGUUUUACGAGUGAUAAUUUUGGUGAGCAAUCUUUUCCUUUUUUAUUUGGAUAACAGUUGUGCUUCAGACUGUAGCAUAGGUUUCUUCCUUGUGUUAGAUAGGUGCCUUACUGCAUGCUAUGUAAAAAAUGUAUGCCGAGAUGUUAUUUGAGAAGCGUUAGAAUUUUCAGGAGUUUAGUUCUUGCUCAUACUUGCCCUACAUUUUAAUUUGAUGUCACUAAUACCUUUCGCUUUUUUUUUUUUUUUUUUUUUUUUUUUUUUUUUUGCUUUUGUGUAUAUUACCAUGUGUUUACACUGUUACGACCAUAUUGUUUAUCCCCUUUUUGAUUUUUGUCAAUGGCCUCAUUGUUGAGAAAAAAUUGUAAAAGAUCCAUAUAGGCUCAAGGGCAAAUCCUGUAACAACUUCCCCAUUUGAGUGGCACAUAUAUGGAUAAAUAAAAGUUGUUGACUCUCA